AUGUGCGUUGCUAAAGUAAAGUGCGUUCAGCUUAGCAAGCACAUCACCGAUCAAAGUAUUCAGUACAUUUCGAGCGGAUGCCACCGGCUGGAAUAUCUGUGUUUGUCAAUGUGUCCGCGAGUCACCGAUCGGUCCUUGCAGGCGUUGUCACUUGGCUGCCAGUUGCUGAAGGACUUGGAAGUUGCCGGCUGUUCUUUGCUCACCGACAGCGGUUUUUACGCUUUGGCUAAGAACUGUCAUGAUCUUGAACGGAUGGAUCUCGAAGACUGCAGUCUAGUAAGUUGUUUGAGCAUCUAUAGUUGUGGUGCGUCGACUGAUUGUUGCUGUCACUUUCAGAGCUUGUCCCACUGUGAGCUGAUCACCGACGAAGGAAUGCGACAGCUAUCCGCGGCACUGUGCCUUCAGGAUCGCCUGACCGUUUUAGAGUUAGACAACUGCCCCCUGUUAACCGACGCUGCCUUAGAGUACCUAGCUCGAUGCAAAACCAUCACCAGGGUGGAGCUCUACGACUGUCAGUUGAUCACGCGCAGUGGAAUACGCAAAUUCAAGCAACAGUUGCCGUCGGUGAUGGUGCACGCCUACUUUGCACCGGCUACCCCUCCGGUUCAGCAGAGAAGUUCGCAGUACCGUUAUUGUCGAUGUUGCGCAAUUAUCUGA